CGUAUCGUUCCUUUCGUCUCUAUUCGACACGACGCAUUCGGAUUCUUUCUUCGUGCAUUUUCCCCAUGUUGAGGAUAUUGAUGAAUAGCUACAGAUAUACACAAUACGAGCUUCUUCGUGUUAAUUCUAUUUGUAUCGCAAUUAUGGUAAUUACUAUUCUGGAGGAUUCGUUGUAUCGACAGACGUCAUUGCUAUUCUCUACUUAAAAUACUGACCCGGCAGAUUUAUCUUGCACAUCUACAUGAAUGCUCAUCAGCACUCUGAAAUCAUAUCGGUCGCCCAACAAUAUGGGUAAACAACUGAACUCCAAAUACUUCAAGACGGAAGAGACGGAAGCAGAUGCUGCAAACAACAUAACAGCACCGAGCUUUCAAGGCAAAUUGGAUCUCUCCUCAUUUACAUACUCUCCAAAUCCACCUUCACGCUCCCGCCGACAAAGUCCCCAAAUAAAUUCCAGGAAUCUCCUGUUAGAAGCAUCGGCAUCAAAGGCAGCCCUUUCUUCUCUGAAUCAGGAUUCCUACACCGAAGCUCCCAAUGUCACAACAGAUUCUCAAUCAGAAUUCAAAAGGAACCGGUUGGAGGCUUGGAAUUGCAAAUUGUCCGAGCAAGCAACGCAUGAACACGGGAACCAUGGAUUUGGAAUGACUUAUAAUGAAGCUGAACUUAGCUCCCCAGAGCAGCACGAUCGACUCAUUAAAAUUGAGCUGCGUGGCGAUUGUACGCCUUCCCCUAUGACUUUGCCUAUGCCGACAAGUGUUCAAAAGAGGCAGUCAUCUACAAUGUGCCCCUCCGAAGUUCCUAAACAUGCAAACGCAUCCCCUUCUCCUUCAAAACGCAGGCUCGAGCCACUCUCCGCUUCACCAGCAAGCAACCCCUCUCCGGCCAAAAAACGUCGUUCCCGCGCUGGCGGAGGCUACAAGCCUCCAUCUCACUAUGCCCACCUCUCUUUUCUCCCCGAUGUCAUAUCAUCUGAUCUCCUGUGUCUUUUCGUAGGUCUCAAUCCAGGUUUAUUAACCGCUCAAGUUGGCCACGCCUAUGCACAUCCUUCUAAUCGUUUUUGGAAAAUAUUGUAUUCGUCAGGCUGUACUACUCGACUUUUGAAGGCGGAGGAUGAUGUAAAGUUACCAGAGUUAUAUUCUUUAGGAAAUACAAAUAUUGUGGAAAGACCUACGAGAAAUGGCGGGGAGUUGUCGAAAAAAGAAAUGGAUGAGGGAGUCAGUUCGUUGGAAGAGAAAAUUAGAAUUUAUAGACCGGAGGCUGUGGCAUUGGUUGGGAAGGGCAUUUGGGAGAGUGUGUGGAGAGUAAAAAAGGGGAAGGCUAUGGCAAAGGAUGAGUUCAGAUAUGGGUGGCAAUCGGAAGAAGAGAAUUUGGGUGUUGUAGAGGGUGAAGAUUCUUGGGGGGGAGCUAGGCUUUUUGUGGCAUCUAGUACAUCUGGGUUGGCAGCAUCAUUAUCGCCUGCGGAAAAGGAGUCGAUAUGGAGGGAAUUGGGCUCUUGGAUUGAGCAAAGAAGAAAAGAAAGAGAUGGCCUAAAUGGAGUGAAAGAAGAGGUAGAGGAUUGUGGCUGAGUUAUCCAAUUCAAAAAUGUACAUGGUGCUUAUAAACUUGGAUAUUUCAACUACAUAACA